AUGCCAGGUGGUACUGGGAAUAGAAAGGAGUUCAGGGGAGACGACCGAACGGUGAAAUACGGUCGUAUUUCCAAGUCCGUCGGCCCUGAUGGCAAGACAAAAAGCGAAAGGGUACUCAAAGACGGUACCAAAGCGCCUCUGUGGUACACUCCCAGGGGCCUGAUUGAUGGCAGUAUUCGCGGCCACUUCUAUAUUCCAAAGUACGAGUCCUGGCACAAGAAGCCGCUUCCACUAAACCCAUACAACCAUUUCUUCUUUCCUACUCUGGAAGAUGGACAACUUGGAUUUACGCUGAAGUAUUGCGAGAAAUGGGAUCAGGUCGAAGAUCAUGCUCGCCAGAUGAACUACAACACCGAGCAUGUGUUUGAGGUGCAGCAACUGAAAUUGUUCUUCGCCACGAUGAUCUAUGCCGGCUGGAUUGGUGGCAACAGCGACAUGGAAAACAUUCUCUUCGACCCACAGUGUUAG